AAAUCUGGCUAUUUUGGGGAGGCUUUUCAGAAUGACUAAUUACCCGCCAAAUUACAUAAUAUGCGGGCGCAUGGAGAUUUAUUCCUUCUACAUUGGCCCCUCGUGAUAACCUAUCGAUGUGUCCGACAGGCACUAUUACAAUCGGGGCCUAUCUUUUAUACUGCACAAAAUGUGAACCUCUCGUCCACUUAUCAGGGACCCGUCUUCAGUCUUCAGUCUGCAUGCAGACAACAACAAGAGCGGGAUCUAUUAUCAAAAGGUGAAUUAAUGCAGAUGUAGUAAAAUGUAACAUAAAAACAUGGCCACACGAGGCCGAAAAACCCUUCGUGUAUUGGCACUGAUCAUGUUUGGAUACUUCAUGGUUACAGUCUAUUUCUACACAAGGGUGAUGGAUAAAGGCCGAGAGAUCCGAGGGUCAGAUGACUACAGUUCCUUACUGGAUUACGACGAAGAAAAGUUGGACACGAAGCGAACCAAAGUGGAUCGGAAGUUGAAAGGUCACAGUGGCAACGUCUUCAUUGAAUACAACGAUCAACUCUAUCAGAAGAGGAAAAACCAAGAACCACCAAAUACGGCGACUAAAACACGAGUAAAUACAUUUCAAGGAAACCCGCACGAAUUCAAGGAACUCGAAGAAAGCUCCUUUGACAAGAAAAUUAGAGAGAGUGCAAAACGGCUAGAGGAGAAAUUGCGACAAAAAAGCGAUGCAAGGAACAAAACCUCGUUCUUAAUGGAAAGUGGUCACGUGACACGUACUCACACCACUAAAUAUUCAACACGUCAAAACAUGGCGGAAUCUGAUGAAACUAAGACAAAUGACAAUUCAAAGAAAAACAAAGUAGAUAAAUUCUUUCGAAACCCCAAUAUUACAAUAUCAACCGCAAACUACAAUUUCCUGGAAAUUUUCACGGGAGUUUACCUUUACUCCUCUUUCUUUGACUCUCGUGAGGAGGCUAAUUUAAUCAGAUUCAUUUUGAUUGGCAGAACGCGUGACCAUGCCCGACUCUCGUGUUCAUUGCAGACCAAUGAAACGGGCGAAGUGUUCGAAUCGGAAAUGCAGUUUUAUCAGACAUGUGAAAGUCAUAUGAAAGAAAAUUCAGUAUAUUUGUGCUCGUGUGAGAUACCAGAUAAAUAUGGUCGGAUUCAACGGGUAAAUUUGACGAGCAGUGAAAAUCCAAAUACCUUUGUUUCAAUUGAUAUCAUUCCUGAUGUCAAAGAGCCGCCAUUUAGAUACAAAUUAUCCACAUGUGUUCCACCUUUAUUUGGUGACAUCAAUAUAUUGCGUUUAACCGAAUUUAUCGAGUUUUCGCUGAUGCUGGGCUCAGAACAUAUAUAUUUUUACUACAACAGAAAGCGAGAUGACAUCUACCAAUUGUUACAGUAUUAUUCUGACCUUGGGGUGGUAACCUUUUUCCCUUGGAAAUUGACGAUGGAGUCGCACGAAAUUUGGUAUCACGGCCAAUCGGCGGCAAUAUGGGAUUGCCAGUACAGGAACAUUCACGUGUCUGAAUUAGUGUCUUUUAAUGACAUCGAUGAAUUUAUUGUGCCAAAAAGAACAAAUACGUGGAACAAUAUGUUGCCCGAGUUGAACUCAGUGGCCCGACGUUCUCUCUCGGAGAACGAAAAAGUCGCCGCGUUUAGUUUCCACAGUGUUUUCUUUGAUUCUAAUUUUAGGAACAACGAUCCCGUCAUCAAAGACGAAUACAGUCAACUUCUGACCGUUAAUAUAACACUGCGAACUAGCAGUGUCAGUAAGGUUCGAACCAAGAUGAUAGUGUAUCCAGAGAAGGUCUUUGAGCUGGGAAUUCACCAUUUAAGUAAACCGAUGGACGACAAGUUUAAAUCCGUGUUGAUUCCGGAAGAUAUUGCAUUGAUCCAUCAUUACAGGGACUGUGAUUGGAACUAUGGGAUGAAUUGCGACAGAAUAAUGAAAGACAACUCAAUGCAUAGGUUUAAGAGGGAUCUCCUGAAGCGUGUUAGGACAUCACUUUUCAAAUUCAACCGAAUAGAAGUCGGUUCUAGUCAAGCGGACAAAGGAAGCAGGAUGCCAUAAUAGCUAUUUUAGCUAUUUAUACAUUUUAGUGUGUUCGAACAAUAUUAUUUUAGCAAUAAAAUUGCUCUUCAAACACGCUAAUGACACAAUUAAAAAUAUGUAUCAAACUAAACACAAAAUACUUAUUCAGGAAGGGAACUACAUGUAAGUGUAUCACAAAUAUUACAUAUUGUUACAUUUUGUGGACAUUUUAAUGUUUUACAUGUUUAUACAUAAAAUUAACUAACAAUAAUUGAGUGUUGUUUUU